AUGGCGGCAGAGAAUUCAGCAACAGCGUCCAGUAGUAGAUCUGGCGGCGGCGGUGCAUCGGCGGACUCCUAUAUCGGCAGCUUGAUAAGCUUGACUUCCAAGAGUGAGAUCAGAUACGAAGGUAUUCUUUACAACAUCAACACUGAAGAGUCCAGCAUCGGCCUCCGUAACGUGAGAUCAUUUGGAACAGAAGGACGAAAAAAGGAUGGUCCGCAAGUCCCUCCUAGUGACAAAAUUUACGAGUACAUACUGUUUAGAGGAAGUGAUAUCAAGGAUCUACAGGUAAAAUCUUCUCCACCUGUUCAAAAUACAUCACCCAUAAGCAGUGAUCCAGCCAUUAUUCAGUCUCAUUAUCCUCUUCCAGCAACCGCAUCCACAAGCUUGCCCACAGCUGUUACUGGGUCUUUGACAGAUCUUGGUUCCCAUUCUACUCAAUUGGGACACCCUGGGUCAACUUUCCAAAGUGGUCUGCCUUUAUAUCAACCGGGAGGGAGCUUGAACUCUUGGGGGCCUUCUCCACCAAAUGCUAAUGGAAGUGGGCUAGCUAUGCCUAUGUAUUGGCAGGGAUUCUAUGGUACACCAAAUGGGCUCCCUCAACUGCCCCAGCAGUCCUUGCUUCGGCCACCUCCUGGACUCACUGGUUCUACUAGUUUAAGCACUACUUCUUUACCUUCUUCAACUUUGUCUUUGAGUGUUCCUCCACUGCAAUCUGUGGCAUCAGCAUCUGAAACAAUGCCAAAUCCAAUUCCAAUCAAAGCUCCUAUUUCAGCUAACCCUACAUUAACACAGAGUUCUAGCUUGCCAACUUUGGCUCCGCUGCCUUCAACAAUUCCUGACAAUGCUGGAAGGCCUUCGGUUGCUAGCAAACCUAGUGCAAUAUCCAGCCCAGCAGCCUUGCCACAUCAGACCAUGUCUCAGCCUCUGACAUCUGUUUCUGGGACAUCAAGAUCAGUUCUUGCUGAAACACCCACCCCUUCACUUAUAACCCCUGGUCAGCUGCUGCGAUCUGGACCAUCUAUGGUUCCUUCAACUCAACAUUUACAAACAACUCAGAAGGAUGUGGAAGUAGUUCAAUUGUCACCAAAGCCAUCUCCAGAACCGCCAGUUCCAGUUGCAACUGAAACUCUGCCACCAAUUUUACCUUUGCCCCCAAGCACAAGAUUCCCAAAGCCAAAUGGAGCUACUUAUCGGAUGCGUAACAAUUACAGAGGUCGUGGCGGUAGAGGAUUUGGACCUGGACCUGCGAGAACACCAGUGGAAAAAUUCACUGAAGAUUUUGAUUUCAUGGCUAUGAAUGAGAAGUUCAAAAAGGAUGAGGUCUGGGGUCAUCUGGGAAAAAGUAACAAAUCCCAGUCGAAAGAUGAGAAUGGAAACGUCAGUGACGAAGAUUAUAUGCAAGAUGAAGAUGAUGCUGAAUUGCCAAAGAUUGAGCCUGUUUAUAACAAGGAUGACUUUUUCGAUUCCCUUUCUUGUAAUGCACUGGACAAUGGCCCAAAUCAUGGAAGAACUAGGUAUUCAGAGCAGAUGAAGUUAGACACAGAGACUUUUGGAGAUUUUUCUAGGUUUCGAGGGGUCCGAGGAGGUAGGGGAUCUGGUCAUGGUGGUCGUUUUCGAGGCUCUUAUCGUGGAAGGGGUUAUGGGGGAUAUGGCUAUGAUAGUAGAGGACGUGGUCGAUGA